AACACCCUAUGCUUUAUCCAAGUAUAUAUUGAACGGGUGAGUCUAGGAUAUACUGUUUAUUCAUGCAAGCAUCUCAUAGUCUGUUUAUGUUGCUACUUCUCCUGCGUAUCUGAGUACACUUGGCAAACCAGGAACGAAACAAAUUGGAUGUCAUUACAUUCUAACUGGUUAGAAACUAUUCCACGCCAGCCUCUGUGGUUCUUUAUAAAGAUUCUCACUCUCUCCCUCUACUUAUAUAAAAUCCUCACUUUCGAUUAUUCGUUUCCUCACAUCUUAAGAGAGAAGGCAAGAGGUGGCCUCAUGGCAACUUUGAUCUCCGGAGCUAUGCUUAGUGGAUUGGGUUCUACUGUCUCGAUCAAAAGGAGAAGCAGCGUCGGCCGUAUAGAUAUGAGAGUUGGCUGGAAGAAUGUGAUCAUUUCACCUCAGCGCAAGAAGUCGUGGGUCAUGGCCGCCGUGAAAGAUGAUGAUGGCAACUCAAAGCUAGAUCCAAAAUGGCUCGAUGAUGCCUCAGAGAAAGCUUCCGAGUACGUGAAGGAGAAAGGAAGCGAAGUCGGACACUUGACUGCACAUGAAGGACAAGAGGUUUUAGAUCACAUACAAAGAGCAAAACACUACUUUAUGGAGAAAGCUGGUGUAGCCAUGGACAUGGUGACUGAAAAUGCUCACACAGCUUCAGAUUUUGUGGCGGAAAAAGCCAAAGUGAUGGAGGAAGAAGCUGUUUCAAUUACAGAAAAAGCCAAAGAUUUCGUAGUUGAAAAAACAGGUGAAGCUAAAGAUUUCAUCAUCGAAAAAGCUGGUGAAGCCAAAGAGUUGGCGACGGAUAUGAGCAAAAAAACGGCUAUAUACAUUGGAGAGAAAGCAGCCGAGGCAAAAGAAGCGAUAUUGCCUCCAAAUUCUGAAGAAUAGAUUGUAUUUGUUUAGAGCCCUAACGUCUAAACAAAUACAAGGUGUUGAUAUACAAAACAUACUUUUUAUCACGUGAGAAUAUAAAAAAAACUGUUAUAAUCAGUGGUUUAUCUUUUACUGAAAAUUUUAAUUCGAAUAUAUUUGCAAAAUAAGCCAUACACAGUUAUUUUCAGUUUUGAUAUAACUGAAAUAUGUGUUGGUCGUUCCCGAUUCUCAGAUGUAUAUUGGAACCCUAUACAUAUAAAUCAAUUUGAGGCAGUAAUGUAUUUUAUUUUUA